UAUUUGCAUUAGCAAUAUUUACAUAUUUAUAAAUUAAUUUUAAAUUUAUGUUAUAUGUAUUCUGUUGUUUAUUCAGCAUAUUACAGUCCAGAUUUACUGAAAUAUCGAGAAAAGAAAAAAUAACGAUAAACAUUACAUAAUUACAACUGAUGGCGUAUGAAGAAGGUUAUCAUUUAUCAACGCUCUCGUAUAUCCUGUAGUUAGUUUCAAGGUUAUCUAUCAGUGUAUUCAGUUGCAACCGUUGUGUAACAGAUUUAAAAUGGAUUUAGAAGUUUCCCCGAUCACAAAGGUCUCGGGAUUAUGCCCGGAAUAGAAACGACAUUUCGAAAACAUAAAUUCUUGGUAAAUAAAAGAUCGCAUCUAGACGAUAUAACCUGGUUUCUUAUUGCAUAUGCAAAUAAAUAUAGAGGCAUAUCGGUGAUCAAUGACGCCAUGUAUGCCAUUGCAAACCGCUACUCGGUUGUACAAGUUAAAUUUGCGGGAAACACGACAGCGAAGGCAACCGUAACCGGAGAUUGAUCGAAUGCGCUUUACGGCACGUGGUGCAUCGUUCGCGGUGCGGCAAAGUUCAUCGGUGUGACGGCGCGAUGCGGGAAACUUGAGAUUCUGAACGGCAGCGGGCGAUCGGCGGAAUCGAUAUACGUAUAUACGUACGAAACGUGACGUUCUCAACGAUGAUCAUGAGUUAUAACGUGAUGCCGCUGAAGAAGCACGAGGAAAUCAGUUAUCGCGUUAAAUGCGUCACGGUGGAGAAUGAACGGGUGUUCGGCGAUGUGUACGUCACCCAGCAAACGCGGCGUCUCGAUCACCGAUCGGACAAGGAUCCUCUUCCGCCGUUUUAUAGAAGAAGGAGGCGCAAUCUGAUACAGCAAACUUUGAACGGACCGGAUUUCAUGGAGCUGAACAAACGAUCGACCGGAAACGACGCGAGCUCGCACCGGCAAAAGCGCUCCAAGUCGAUGGGAGACGAGCCGAGCAUGAUUGCGUUUAAUUAUGAGAAUCCCGACGCUGUCAUUAAGAAGCCUAAGACAUAUCCACCACCCUUGCAUUACUCGCUGCCACAGAAAGAAAUCGUGAUUACGUCGCUAGUGGAUCAGCUGCUAUUGGACAUUUAUGGCAUUCCGAUAGGCGACAAGGGACGUUCAGAAAGCGAUUCAACGGCUUCGUCCUUGAAACCACGCCCACAACAUCAAUAUCUGCAGAAAACGCGUCUGCUAUUGAAAAGAAAAGAUGAACUGCAGAUUCUGCUCACGACUCUACAUGACCACAUCAUUCACACAGGCGGUCUGCUUAUUCGCCAGCUGCGCCGAAAGGAUUAUCUCACUGCCAAACGUGAUAAACAGUGUGAUGUCAUUACAGCCUAUCUACAAGCACACAGCGCGAAACGAUUCGAAGAUACGAAAAUGAGAUUCAGUUUGACACCGCAACCAGGGGAGAGUGGUUUUAUACAAUGGCUAGACGCGAUGAAGAAGGUUGCCAAAUUGCAAGGAGGCAUGCCGCCAGAAUUUCGGAAAAGGUUGUGGCUGACGCUGGCGGAACGUCAUCUGGAACAACGCGGCGUAGAUUGGAAGCAGGCUGAGAAAGUCUGUUUCAAUGAGUGGAGUAAUCCAGACGACGAGGAGCUCGGCAUACAAAUUGUAAAAGAUCUGCACAGAACAGGCUGCAGCCUGUUCUGCGGCGCUGCUGGCCGGGACAAUCAAGCGGUGCUACGUCGAGUCUUGCUGGGUUUCGCCCGCUGGAACAAGACUGUCGGCUAUUGCCAGGGCCUGAACGUUCUAGCCGCUCUCGUCUUACAAGUAAUGGAUCGCGCGGAGUCCUCGGCUGUGAAGGUGAUGAUAUAUUUGAUAGAAGGCGUUCUACCGGAGGGCUAUUUCGCCGAUAAUCUACGAGGCCUCUCCGUGGAUAUGGCGGUGUUCCGCGAUCUCCUGCGCUCGAGGUUGCCGAAGUUGUCUAAGCACCUCGAGGCGCUUCAGACCGACGCGAAGGAUAAAGCGACGGGAAGUAGCUACGAACCGCCACUCACGAAUGUGUUCACCAUGCAAUGGUUCCUCACACUUUUCUGCCACUGCUUACCGCAAGAAGCGGUGCUUCGUGUCUGGGAUCUGAUAUUUCUCGAAGGUGAUGAAGUACUCCUUAGAACGGCACUCGCUAUCUGGGAAGGCCUCUCCGAUCGCAUAAUGACCGUAACAUCGGCAGAUGAAUUCUACAGUAUAAUGGGAGUGCUGACGAGAGAGAUGCUAGAAUUCACCGACACAAACAAUCUCAUAAAGAACAUUGUUAGCAUGGGACCCUUACAUGGUGUGACAAGUUUGAGAGAAAAGCAUCGAUAUAACAUCACCCCGUGGGCGCGCAAACUGAGCGACGAUGACGACAGCGAGACAGAAGAGGACGAGAGAUUGGCUGUGGCAGCUGCCAUGUUCAGUAUGGCUCAACGUAUAAAAAAAGAUCGUUUACCGUCGACAAUAGGAGCGCUACAAGCCAUGGCACCCAGCAGCGACCGAGAACGCCUUGCUCUAGAUAUUAGUACGCUGAAGCAGCAAUAUGCAAAACUACGAGAACGGCAACGGCAAGCACACAUAAUACUUUCCGCCGCGUGCGCGAGACAGACCAUGGUACCUACGCCUGCUUCCACAGCCAUGAAUCAUCUGUUAGUGGGCAAAAAUGCCCUCGUGAGUGGAAAGAAUCGACCACUGAGUCUACCGUCUGCCACUGCCACAUCGAAGUUACGGCCGACGGCCCUUCACAGCCCGAAAAAUCGCAAAGAAAGACAAGGUGUCACGCUUCACUGGAAAGAUGCGAAAAGGCCGAAACAGAGAGCCGGCGACGCCGGUGAUGCCGACGCCUUUGGUACAGCAUUUGUACAAUCGCCGCCCGAAACGUCAUCUGUGACGUCACCUAACCGGAUUGACAGCGAUAGUGACAGCACGUCGACGGAGCUGUGCGACGAGCCGGAUCGUCUGAGCGACGUCGAUAGCGAAGAGCUUACGUCAGCGUCCGAUUCUUACGUCAUGGCGACGGACGACGAAAAGCAUGCUUGCGCGGAGGGUUCGUCGACCUCGUCGAGUACACCCGCGCGCUCGUACAUCAAGAGCGAGCAAAUGACGACGGUCGAGGAACCGCAGACAGGUCCGAUCCUCGGAAUCGAAUGCGUCGACAAGUCUCCGUCUUUGACUGAAAUCUCCAUCGCCAAAAUCACCGAUCAAAUACGAAGACUCUCGGCGGAAGAUGACAAUAAUACGACGGUUUCUCAAAUACCGAGCGUGCGCGACAACGACAAUGUGCUGUCGACUGGCGAUUAUUCGGUCGAGAGAUCACAGGCAAAGGAACCGGAUUCGCAGCCGCAGGAUUCCGUCGAAUACGUGUCAAGCGAAAUCGUGGACGCGACUAGAUCGUCAAAGAUUGUAAAUAGUUACGAUUACUUAAGCUUCAAAUCUAAUCUCGUCGAUGAGAAGACGGAUGAUAUCCUGAUGAACAGAACAGAUCGACUGAAAGAUAUUAAAGAAGAAAAAGAAAUCGUACGGGCUAAUAGUAAAGAAAUUAUAGGCCUUAAAACGAAUGCAAUGGAAACUACUGUGAGUAGUAUAUCACGGGUUAGUCCUGAAGAGCAAACGAACAUUUCUUUAGAUAGAAAUUAUGAUAAAUUUGUCACGUCUUUAGAUACAAACGAUACCUUCGAAUCAUCCCUGAAAUUUUCCAGCAAAAUUUAUCUGGAUGGAAAAAACGAUAACAAUUCGAAUGACAAAGAUAUCGCGAGCAGCGGAGAUUCGGACAUCACAACAGAAUCACUAUCCUUUUAUUCUAAACGAUACGUUGUAGGCCACCUUCCAAUUUCGCCGGCAACAAUGGAUAGCAAGCUAACGAAGCUGUCGCACGAGAUUUACAAUGUUGCGGUGAACCCGGAAAAUCUGACGAGUCCCGACGCGAGUUUAAAGAGAGAUGCGUUUAGCGACAAGCAACGAACGGCGUCGACGAAAUCGUACUCCGAUUUGAAGAAAAGCCCGAAAACUCCGGAAAGCACAAAGUCAUUCAGUUCCGGAGAGACGAUGGGUCCCGAUUCGAAGCCCUCUAGUUUGACCGUCAGUCCGAGAACACCGAUCAAAUCGGAUUCACGCGACUUCUCGAUAGACAAAUCGGCCUGUUCGUCCGUCAGCUCAGAUUCCAAGACUCUCGUUCUUCUUUCGGUAAGCUCGGAUAUUGUGCACGAAACUUCAAAGCUGACCACGAAAAAAACAUCGUACGAGAAAUCAAGCCCGUCAACUCCGAUCAGUACGGAUUCGCUGAGAAAUAAAUCCGAGUCAAGUCCGAAGUUUGUGAUCAGCAGUUCCAGCGAUUCGUGCAGUCCGGCAGACAAAAUCAAGUCUUCCGAGCGGUCAUUCAGUUCUGAUCUGCAGUCGCCCGUAAGUGCCAAUUCCAUAAAGUACACCGCAAACUACGGCAAACGAGGCCAGGAUAAUCUAUCAGAUUCGCCGAUUGACCUGAGCACCGCAACCUCGCCAUUUUAUCCCAUCGCGAAUCCUAAUCAGAAAACGCCCUCGCCGUACAGUGUGAAUAAGCGAAGAAGCAGCAUAGAGAGCGCCGACACGUCACCCGAUCAGAAAUCGAUCAGCUCGAAGGAAACAACUAAAUUCUCGGGAUAUCAAACAAAACUAGAUCCUUCGCCGAAAUCAAUUGAAACCAAGGAAAGUGAAAUUGCCGAACGGAUUUCCGAGAGAAGCGAUCUGUUUGUCAGACCACAAUUCGCGUUGAAUACAGAGCUGAAUGCGGGUUACACGCCGAGGGAGAAGAGCAAAGCUGAUUUGAGCACUUACGAAUCGAUCGGCGACGAAUCGUAUCGAGAUUUCGCUAAUGACAACACGGAUGAUCCGCUGUCAGAGAAGGACGUAGUGCCUCAAUUGCCGCACGAGAAGCUUGAUAAGCACUAUCUAAACUACAAUUACAGACGUAGAGAUCGAUCAAAGUUGACCGAGAGAAGCUCCAGUAGUCUCGAGAGAAGAUGUACCGAUUUGAAAUCUUCCUCUUCGAUUGAUGAAUUCAACACAACGAUGGCGAAGAAGAGAUCUAGCGAUAUCCUGGAGAACAUGAAGCAUCUGGAAGCGAAAGUUUUUAGCGACGGAUCGACUGACGCUAACAUGCUGACAAAGAAAUCGAGUGACAUUUGGGAAGAUAUGAAAAACUUAGAGGCGAGACGACAGGAUACCUUCAGUAAUUCCGCGAGCAACUUCUCGAAACGGCGCUUGGAAAUUCCGGAUAUAAAUAUAACAAGCGAGGGUAGAAAAUCAUACGUGGUGCAUCCAAAAAUUAAUAUCGACGAGAACAGCGAUAGUAUACUGAAAAGCAUAGCAUGCAACAAAAAUAGCAGUGACGUGGAUGACGGUAGGGAGUCGAAGGUCGGCGUGUGGACGAAAGUGAAACCGCGAAAAAAAGGCGACAACGGGCGCAGAAGUAGCGACAGAGCGUUGAAAAUUAUUCAGGAAAACUCGGCCAUACUGCACAAGAUUCUAGCCUGCCAGGCGAAGAAACGCCUGCCAGAUCUCGAGGAGAUAUCCAAGGAAAUCACCAUCAGUCCGAUAAACGAGGAAAUCUCCAAGAUAUUCAGUCCGAUUCUCGAGAAAAUGGGAUUAAACGAGCACGAAAUAAACGAAGAAUUGGCUCGGAUAAAUUUCAAAGAUUUUGACAGCAUGACCGCUACUAGUGUUUCGGAGUUCGACGCAAAGAUCAACGAAGAAUUAACGAAACUCUCUCUUAUCGACGACGCGGAACAAAUCGAUCACCUGGACGUGGACGAGAUCAUCGCGAACGACUAUCUGGACACGCGGGAGGCGCUUCUAGAUCACAAGAUAAACGAGGAGCUCUCUAAACUGCUAGCGAACUACGAGGAGGAGUCGCCGCCGAGUAUGAUUAAUUUGGAGAAAAAUUCAUCCAGUCAGAACGCAAGUGAGAUAGAAGGUCUCGAUCUUACGAGUAUUUCGACGAACGUAUUUUCUUACAAAUCCUCCAACGACUCUAUCGAAACUAGAAGCGACAUGGAGCCCGCGCACGACGGCGUAAUUCAGCAUUCCGAAAAGUUUCCGUUCGCGACACUCAAGUACGAGCAAACCAUGUCGCCGAAGAGCGACAUAGACAUUUACAGGGAGUUGCAGAAACUCGACAAAAUCUCUUACGCGCAUAUGUUGCCGGACACGUCUCUAGAGAUGCCGCCGAAACGAUUGUCGCCUAUUACGUACGUAUCCGACGCUUCACCAUAUCCGGAAGUAUCAUCCGCGACGAGAUACGCGCCGAAAACAAGUCCGUUCGAUACCACGCCGAGCACGCUGAAGAGUACUUAUGAGCCUUACAAGAGCUUCGAUUUUCCGAGCAGGCCAUCGCCGCGGGACAACCUUUACACCGCGUACGAUAAGCCCAGCGACUCCACGUUCGAAUACGUUGAUUCCAAACCGAGAAUUUCUAUCGAUCCUUACGAUCUGCACCCGAAAAGUUCGAUGUUAUCGAAAGAAUCAUUGGAGUUUCGCGUGAGAUACGACGACGAGUCGCCGAGAUCGAUCGGCGGCGAUUACGCCGCGGUCCAAGACAGCAAAUCCGCGGUCUUUCUGAAUACAGGGAAUUCUUACUACAGCAACAAUAAAACGGUCACGCCGACAAAAUACGUCAGCAAGGAGGAGAAAUGUUUGGACAUCGGAGAUUAUACGAGUGACACGUCGGAUUUUUUGCGUCAUAAGUACAGCGUUUUGUCUCCGAAGGAAUAUUCGCACGUUAGAAGCACGGAUUACGAUAAAUCUUUAAGCGUAUUGCCGCACGUUACGAUGGAAUCAGAGUCGGAUAUCGGCUCCUAUCUGCCGACGAGACAUCGCGAUUACAACGUGCUGUCGCCCAGUCGUCAAUACAAAGAUCAAUACUUCUCGUCUAGCCCGAAUCACUACAGUCCGAAGCUUUCUCCGAAUCUAGCGGAAGAGAAUCUAGCGAAGAGACCUGUCAUCUCUCCGGAGUCUCCGGGCAAGAUAAGCGCUGGUAAAUAUAGCGAUCUCGCAAACAAAGGAUCGAAUUGUUACAAGAAGUCAACACUGAAUCUCGACACUAUGGAAAACGCGAAUAAAAACGACGACAACAUCGACACCACUCCGAGUCCAAAGACGCACUUCAGUCCUUUCCCCGUUAGGAAUAACACUCGAAAGCCAAAAGAACUGACGCUAAAAUUGGGCUUGUAUUCGCCAAAAGGUUCCGAUUUCGACCAACUAAAGAAAUCGUAGUGCUCAGUAAUUAGUCGGAGCGACGCAGCUUUCGACAUACAUGAAAGUUCGCAUGUGAACCGAUACGUUAUUGCGAAAAGCGAUAUCUAUACUCGCUAAUCAAUCAUUCCGACAGAUUCCGAUACUUAAAAAGUGUGAAACGAAACAUACCCGUUUCCGUGAGUCCCGUAUCGAUUUUCCGAAUUUAACAAAGUGGGCCUAAAUCGUCGCCUAAGCAUUCUUAAAUCGUAACUGAUGCUGUUAGACAAACUAGACGAUGUAAGCUUAAUUAGUAAUAAGGCUUUAAGGUAAUGACUCAACUAAAAUAAAUUUGUGUAAGUUUUUCAUUGCUCGCUCAGACAAUUGUAAACCGCAAAUAUAUCGUUCUUCUUUUUUUUUAAAUAACGCGCAAAUUUAAUUUGACCAAAAUCAGACGCUAAUGCGAAAAUAACGUAAAAAUUAAUGAACAGAUCGUACUCGCGAUAAGUGUAAAAUAUAUCUCCACAAAUGCAAUUAAAUUUGGGAAUAUUGCUGAAAUAAUACGUCAUGCGUUAUUGAUACGAUUACGAAAUAGCAAAUCCGGGCAAAGCAGAUUAAUGAUAAAUCCAUUCCCCAUAUUUGUCAGCACGUUUCUCGCUUCCUGUCCUUUAUUGUAUCAUUGAAAGAUAAUGUGAACUUCACAGAUAUUCGGAUAUUCAAGAUAUAUAUUCAAGGUUAUCCAAAAAAAGCAUUAACAUUUGAAAGCUUACAUAAUGCAAUCGCUAAAUUUAUAAUAAAAUGCCUUCGAUUCCCUCCAAUUUUGAAUGCCAAAAUUUCCUACAAAACAACUUCCAAAUUGAUCGCGAUAUGCAACUUGCAAUUAGAUUAACUAAGAGAAUUUUACGAAAUGCCCUUUUCGCUUCAUCUUAAUUGUGCCAUAUUACUGGUUUUUUAUCAUGAUAUAAUAUAUCUGAAAAGAAAACAUCUGUAAUAUGACAAAUUCUCUUCAGCAAAAAAAGAAUAUACGAAACGCGACGUAAAUUUACAAGUUGUCAAAAUAGAGCUUAAUUUAUUUAUAUUUGCGCGAAGUAUUUAUAUUGAUGCGUUUAGCUGUAAGCGAAUCAUACACUACAAAUUAGAUGUAAAAGAAGCAAAAGAUUGUAUAUAAUUCCAAAUAUUGAUUGUAUGUUACGAAUAACUUCAAGGUCCUUCAGUAUCUUUUUAUAUAAAAUAAAAGUAGUAUUUUUAGAUGUUUCUAAUAAGAAAUAUUCAGAUUUAUCAAUACAGAAUUGAAAAUCAGCUCAUUUAAACAAGCUGCAGCUAAAGCGCAUAUAGAUAAGAACCUGUUGCUACAAAUCUUUACUGUCAAAUGGUUUCAAUUCAGAUGAAAUAAAUCGUGUCAAGGGACUCGUACGGGAUAGUUUUCUGUUUUACUGCGACGAUUCGAAUGUUUCUUAUCAAGAUAUUUAACCAAUCAAUUUAUAGCUUGUGCUUGAACUUAAAAUGAUGCUUCUGUAAGAUAUUUAUAGUGUGUAGAAAAAUUGUUGUAUUUCAUCCCUUGUCACUACACGAUUUUUGCACCAACGCACCAACAAUUCAAUACAGCUCAUAAUUAGCCUACUAGAAUAUUUUCCCAAUGAUCACUUGGAGAAUAUUUGCCCAAUCAUCUGUGAUAGUUUAGAAAAAUGAUAACAUGCGAGAUGUUAAUAUGUUAACAUAAAAAGUGUAUUACGACUUGAUUAUAUAUUAAUUUAGAUAUUAGUUCUUUGAUAACUCUGAUGUUCUAAAAUUUCUUCUGAAUACUGCCUUUUCUCAUUUUGCAUCUAAAAAUAAUUUAAUGUCAAAAUUUCAUUUAUCGCUAAUAACAA